AGUAAAUCUACAAAUUUUCAAUAAUUUAAUUCUAAAAACUAAUAUUUAUUUUUAUUAUUAAUAUUAAUAAAUUAAAUUUUUAUAAAAUGAAAUCAAUUGUAUGUUUAUUACUAGUCUCUACAUUAGCACUGACUUCAGGCAAUGAAUUAGAAGAGACCGCAAAAAGUGUUAUUUCAAAAAUUCACGGUUCAUUUGGUGGACAAAACCAAUUGAAUGCAUUUCUCGAUAAAUCCAAGACAUUAGAGACACCAAACAAUGAUUUGGUCAGAAAAAGUGAUGGCAUUCUUGUGGCCGAAGGUAUCGGUAGUAUUGGAGCGACGUCUGUAAUAGUGGCCAGAGGUCGACAAAGUGUCGCCGUAUCGACACAGUAUGGUUUAGGUGCCGGGGUUUUGGCCAGUGUUUCGGUUGAUUAUCAUUCAAAUGCUUUGAAUGCAACCGACACUGAAUUGAGAAAACGACAAAUGAUUUCUAUGAAGAAACCGUUUUAUGACAAAUAUGUACAGCCAAUUGUCGACAAAAAAUCCAAAUCAGAUCAAACAGUUGUUGUUGUGGUUGAAAAUGUGAAUAACGAGGAAAAUGUUUGGUUUAACGAUAAUAUGGAAAUAAACAUUAAAGCCGUUUCUGGUUUUGUUUUGGGAACCGUUACCACUGUUUCAUUAAAUAAUGAUUUGAAUGAAACUGCUAAUCAUAUGCUCUCAAAUAUUGACUGUCAAUUUGGAGGAAAGAAAGGACAAAACAAUUUGAAAACUAAUGAUUUUAUUCAUAAUUUGAACAAUAAUUCUAAUAAGAAAUCUCAAAAUUCUGGAUAUUAUGGAGUGGGUGUCGGAGCCGGAGGUGUCCUAUCAAUACAAGUAUAUAACGGCAAUAAUAAUGUGAAUAUUAGCAGUCUGUAUGGAUUAAGAGCUGUUGGAUUAAGCGGUUAUAAGUCUGAACAUAACAGUGCUCUCAGUAAUGAAAAUAAAGAGUUAAAAGCAAAACAAAUGAGUCAAACACUAUCUAACAAAUAUGUAAAUCCAAUAACUGAUAAAAAAGGAUCUCUUGGUAUACUAUUUGCCGCUGAGGGCGAAGCAAAGGGUGAGGCAUUGGUGGCCACUCGUGACGGAUACUUAGCUUCCGGUACUUACGGUGCCUUUCAAUUGGGUGCUCUCACAGAUGUUUCGACUAAAUAACUUAAAUUAUUUUAUUUAUCUUAAAUAAGUUAAAAUAUUACUAUAAUUAUAAAAUAUAG